UGGAAAGCCUGUGGUCCAGCAGCGCAGCGUGAGGAGGUGGCUGAAAGAUGGGCUCUAUUUAAGGGCCUGCAUCCUGUGUGCAUAUCGAGGCUAGGUUCCACGGGAGGAGAGGGAAGGACGACGGGAUAUAUAACAAAGGCCCUAAAGAGUAAACUUGAGCACUAAGGAUGCCAAACUGGGGCGGGGGAGCCAAGUGUCCAGCCUGUGACAAGACAGUGUACCACGCUGAGGAGAUCCAGUGUAAUGGACGGAGCUUCCACAAAACCUGCUUCAUUUGUAUGGCCUGCAGGAAGGGUCUGGACAGCACCACCAUGGCUGCGCACGAAUCAGAGAUCUACUGUAGAUCUUGCUACGGCAAGAAGUAUGGCCCAAAAGGCUACGGCUAUGGGCAGGGAGCAGGAGCACUAAGCUCAGAUCCAGUUGAUCCAGGCCUGAACGCCCGAUCUCAACACUCCCAGUCUCGGCUGGCGUCCACCGACUCCAACUCCAACAAGUUUGCCCAAAAAUUUGGCAGCGCUGACCGUUGCCCUCGAUGCUCCAAAGCUGUGUAUGCUGCAGAGAAGGUCAUGUGUGCAGGAAAGCCCUGGCAUAAAACCUGCUUCCGCUGUGCUAUGUGUGGGAAGAGUCUGGAGUCCACAACAGUGACUGAUAAAGACGGAGAGAUCUACUGCAAAGUGUGCUACGCCAAAAACUUCGGCCCAAAAGGGAGAGGGCUGGGAAACAUGGGGGUCACGGAGGACAGGGACUGAUGUUUUGACAUGUUGAAAUGUUUUUACUUUAUGUUUAAUGUUUUUAAUCAAAUAGCCUUAUUUUAAAUGAUACUGAUGCAAAAUACAAAUGAAAUGGCCUAGUGGAUGAUCUGGGUAGGAUACUACAACAGCUUGACAGGAAAUGAAGAAAGGUGUGAAGAGAAGCAAAGCGUGCCGGAAUGUGCAAACCUGUAAUCGGGAAACAAGACGUCCAAAGAACAUCUAUAUCAACAGAAAUCACCUAUGGGAAUAGAGUGCACUUGACACGUCCCUAUCAAAAGAGACAUGAAACGAUGUGAACAAAGCAUUGCAUCAAAGCUCUAAUCAGGGGUUGUUGAAGAUGAUUUGCAUUUGUGUCCCAUCUGGGUUAAUUCUUAAUUAAUACCAGUGUGUGCUCAUAACUCAGCCUGUGAACAAUUUAAAUAAACAAACUCCUUCUCAUUA